CGGAAGGAAAACAAAGUGACACAACACUCGCGUGUUUCCGCUUGUGUUGCUGUGUUUUAGGUCCCGGCAAGUUGCAGAAGAAAAGUUUGCCCAAGUGGAGGAAAAUGACCGAAGAAGAGCUAUUCCUUCGAAUAAACGCAUUAAAUUCAGCCGUGUGGGAUUAUUUUGUCUACAGACAAAGGACCUGUCGUGGAUGACGGCCUGCCAGAAUUUAAAGUACGCCAUAAAAAUGCGGUGAAAGACGGAAAUACGUCCAACGUGGUUCAUCACGUGCGGGACAGCCAAAAUAAAGGGGACUCUCCAGUGAGAAGAAAUGUGGACCAUCCGAGUUAAAAAUACCGAGUUGCAUGUGAAUGGUAAAAAUGUCUGGACUGGAAACUAAAAAUGGCCGCAUUUCUGAAACACCUGGUCUCUGUCUGUCAGCAAACAUAAAAAAGGCAGCAUUGGGUCAUCUUACGGCCUCUCCGUUGACCCAGCACUUCAUGACAUAGCUGGACGUUUUGCUGCUCAAGUGGCCUUAGCCCUGACAUACAGAGAGAGAGAGAGAGAGAGGCUGAGAGUCACACGUGAUGCUUGGUCCAGGAGAAGUGAGAGAGGGCCAGCUGCAGAAACUUGUGUUUGUUUAGCAAAUUGCUAUUCAUCACGAAAGCCAAAAGUGACACAGAAUUAACAAGGAAGAUAGAGUCCUCACUAAACCACUCACAGCUGACACACUCCAGCCAAACAGAGCUGAUAGGAAACAGGAUAAAGAUUCCUCCGCUGCUCUGUAAAGCAAAGCCGCCCUCCCUUUACCAUCGUCUCCUGUCGAAUUGUUUCAAGGAUGCACGUGUUGAAGAGGUGGACACGACCAGGAGCUUACUAAGGCCAGGGAGAGCAUAGUACCAGCAAGAGGAUCAGUGUAAUUCAAACAUGUCACCGUGGAGAUUACGUGCAGAUGAAGAGGAGAUGACACAAGAUGUCUUAGGACCAGGCCAGGAAGCUGGGAGAGGGCAGAGACAUAUUGGUUUUGGUAUCAAGGAGCCUCCUACGUGCACUCUGACAGCAGCAUGAGGAGAAGUCAUCAAGGAGGCCUGUGGUUAGCAGUCUGUGAGAAGCAGGUGGAGCUGAGAAAUAGAUAGUCCUAGCAAAGGCACGUGUAGCAACAUCUGCAGUCAAUGGAAGAAAUUUCUUUGUAAUGUACAUACAUUUUAAUCAUCAACCAAACAACGACCUGUUAGGAAAUCCUAUAACAUCCCUGUAAAUAUAGAAAUCUCACAGUUAUCAAAUGUAAGCCCAGUAGUGACGCAUUAUAAUGGAAAUGAUCCCGAUUUUACUAUUAAUAAUGUGACGGACUUUCCAUUUUGGACCCAAUAUAAAAAUAUGAAUAAUUGAUUAGAUCUAAUUUUGCACAGCUUAUCAUCGUCAUUCUAAAAUAUGACCUGCUGCUUUUCCAAAGUAGAGCACGUUUCAUUCUCUGAAGCUUAAAAAGUCCCUAAAGUUUAUUGUCAGUUAAACUACAUAUGUAUGAAAAGAUACACACACACACACACACAUAUAUAAGUUUGCUGUCCAUCAGGGGGCAGAUGGCGUUCUCCUGCAGCCUCCUGCUCGGCCUACAUGCUGUUCACCUCUUUAACCCUCUACCAUAAGGCGACAGACGGUUCCUUAGACUGACACCAUCACUCAUAACAUACAUCUGCUCCCGAUCAUCAGUCCAAUUCCCAUCCACUCCAAACUGAGCCUAUUCAUAGCCUGGCCGGCGCUCACUUUCCUUGGCUACAAAUGCACCGUAAAUAGGCCAGGAAGCAAUGGCUAACUUGUUUGUUGUCCGUGACGUUCACAUAUUGACACUGUGGUCCAGCGUGUUUAGGUGUGUUGACAGCAUCGUGGCAGAUCAGGAAUCAUUUCCUGCUGCAUCAUACAGCGCGUGUGCUGAUAGUUCUAGAUGUUCUUUUUUUUUUUGUUGAGAACUUACCUGAGAGCUGAACCUGUGAUGAAGAGGAUAUAUGAGGUCAAAAGAAGAACGUCUGCCAGACAGGAUGUCUGACAUAGACUGAGACAAAGCUGCUGUGUUUCACUGCAACCUCCUCCUCUGCCAGAGACCAUGACCACACAUGAUAAGGACAUCAGGCUGCGUUUGAUGGGAAUCACACACAUCCUCCAGAAGAACAUAUCUCAUGAAAACACACAGAGUUCAGACAGAUGGAAAUGGAGAGCAAAGGAAGCAAAAAGGAGCGUUGGAAGUAUUUGGUGCGAUCGGAAAUCCGAAUAAUAAUAAAUUCCACAGAAAUUCCAAACAGAUGAGAGGAAAACAAACAAAAAAAAAUACACACGUGUGCACGUGACAAACAAGUGAGUCAUACAAACAAGAUGGAUGAUUAACGUCUGAUAUGAAUUAAACGCAGCGCAUGUGUGGGCUGACAUGAUUGUAAACUUGUCACAACACGAGUAAUAUAGAUCACAGGGACUCACGAUCGGUCCGGACGAGGACAGACGUUCAACACAAAGCUGCGAGCCAAGCGUUCUAUAAUCAUUCACCCGACUUAAAUACAACCUUCCUUCAUAUAAGUGUGUGGCUGGUCAGGCCAACGCAGCCCGGCCCACCACCAGCCCCAGGGCGGCUCCGCUGUGGCUGUCACAGUGGCAAAGGCCGAACAGUCGAGGGCGGCUGCCAAGGAGCCUUGCCUCUUCUUUGAGGGCUCCACUUCAUAUGGGUGCAACCAUAAAGGAGAGAAGAAGGAAGACGGAGAGGAAGGCAGAGAGAGAAGGGGGGGAAAAAAAAGGAUAAAAAUAUCCAGAAAGUGAGGUCUAUAAUUGGCCGUGCCUCUUAGCCUUUUUUAUGUGCGAGCACGGCCCAGCUGAGAACAGUAGAAGCCACCUCGUCCCCCAGUGAAACCCAACACUCCCCCCUUGUAGUUCCCUCCUUCUCUACCGACCCAUCCACAAGAUUGCCGAAUGCUUACCUUACCUCACUUUUUAGCAACACUGUACACUGGAAUGACACCCUGGAUUAUACAAUAAUUUUGAUCCAGAUUUGAGGAGCCGGCGGAGGAGUUAUUUGGGAUUAUUAUCACCUGUUAAUGAUGCUGAGCUGGAGGCAGAGACACUGACCGACUUUUGAAGCACCAACUGUGUGACCAGACCAGACUGGACAGCUUGAUGGUGGUGACAAAUUUAUAAAUCAGACUUAGAUCAAGGCCAAAAUGGAAUUACGACUGGGUUUUCGGAUCUCCCUGGUCUUGUUCAUCCUGGCCCUAACUCUUACUGGAGAGACUGUGGGAGCACAAAGAGCAGGUUGUAAAAAUGUCCACUACGACCUGGCGUUUAUUCUUGACACCUCGUCCAGUGUUGGAAAAGAGAACUUUGAGAAAAUCAGACAAUGGGUGGCCAACCUUGUGGACUCCUUCGACGUGGCACCGGAUAAAACCAGAGUAGCUGUGGUACGCUUCAGUGACAGACCCACCAUUGAGUUCAACCUGGGACGCUACAGGACCCUGGAGGAUGUAAAGAGAGCUGCCCGUAACAUCCGCUACCUGGGGGGGAAUACAAUGACCGGGGAUGCUAUCAGUUACACCACCACCAACAUCUUCACGGAGCGCAACGGAGCGAGGCCGGCAGCUAGAGGCAUCCAAAAAGUGGCUAUCCUCCUCACAGACGGGCGAAGCCAGGAUUAUGUUUUGGAGCCCUCUAAGGCAGCUGCCAAAGCUGGCAUCAGGAUGUUUGCUGUGGGCAUCGGGGAGGCACUGAAGGAGGAGCUGGAGGAAAUAGCAGCGGAGCCAAAAAAUGCCCACGUCUUCCACGUGACAGAUUUCAAUGCCAUCGACAAGAUCAGGGGCCGGCUGAGAAGGAGGCUGUGCGAGAAUGUCCUGUGUCCUAACAUGAAGAUUCAACCUGAUCGCUUCAAGCCCAACAGCAGUAGUUAUGGUCUUGGUGAGGUUCCAGGUUUUGAUCUGAUGGAGUACUUCAAUGUUAGAGAUAUUCUGGGCACCAGAGUCGAUGAAGGCCAAAGUUCUUAUGUACGCCUCGGCACCAUGCCCAUUGUGCAGCAGACAGAGAACGUGUUUCCUCAAGGGCUACCAGAUGAAUACGCCUUCGUCACCACAUUCAAGUUCAGGAAAACUUCCAGGCGUGAAGACUGGUAUCUCUGGCAGGUUUAUGACAAAUAUGGAAUUCCACAGGUGUCCAUCCGUCUGGAUGGCGAGAACAAAGCGGUGGAGUACAACGCAGUCGGCCUGACGAAAGACGCCGUCAGAGCUGUGUUCAAGAAUCCCGAAGUGGACAACCUGUUCGAUCGGAACUGGCACAAGAUCGCGAUGAGCGUGGAGGCCAAGUCCGUGUCUCUGUAUCUGGACUGCAAACACAUCCAGACGCUGCCCAUCGAGGACAGGGAGGACAUCGACAUCCAGGGGAAGACGGUGAUAGGGAAGAGGGUGUAUGACAGCGUGCCAAUCGACUUUGACCUCCAGAGGAUGAUGCUUUAUUGCGAUUCCAAACACGCGGAGCUGGAGACCUGCUGCGAUAUUCCCGGCGGACCUUGCCCAAAGAAAGUAGUGACCGAGGCUCCCCCUCUUGAGCUCCCCACUCCGACCCCUACACUGGUUGAACAAAAAAGUGGCGGUCAAGUCAACUGUUCCUGUGGUGCAGGAGCAAAGGGGGAAAUUGGUGCACCUGGUGUUGCAGGUGAAAGGGGCGAAAAGGGCGACGCCGGCAUCGCAGGCGCCAUCGGACCGUCGGGUAUCAAAGGAGAAAAAGGAGAUCCUGGCAGAGUAAUCUCUGUCAAAGGUGACAGGGGUGAGAAGGGUGAUUCAGGCACCGUAGGGUUUACAGGUGCUCCUGGACAAAAAGGAGAGAAGGGACAGGGAGGCGUGCCAGGUAUUGACGGGUUGUCUGGAGACAAAGGAGACAAAGGCGACGCGGGUCUGCGCGGGGAUGCCGGGCUGCCAGGACUCGCUGGAUUAAAGGGAAUUCAAGGGGACGCAGGGAUUCCUGGCACUCCUGGUCCGAAAGGUGUCACCGGUGAAGUGGGAAUAAAAGGCGAAAAAGGAGCUCCAGGUGCUGCGGGCCUGGCUGGUAUAGAUGGAUUACCCGGAAACUCUGGACUUCCAGGAAAGGAUGGUCUGAGAGGGAUGGCGGGGGCACCCGGCCCUGGCGGAAUAAAAGGCAACAAGGGGGAGCGAGGACUUCCUGGAUUACCUGGGGAUGUGUUUCAAAUGGAAGGUUUACGAGGAGAGAAGGGAGAUCCUGGACCUCCUGGGAUUCCAGGGGCUGAGGGACCAGCUGGGCCUCCUGGUCCUCCUGGUGUGCAGGGUCUUCCUGGGGAGCCUGGAGAGUUUGGACAAAGGGGGAAGAAAGGUGAAAAUGGAUUGCCAGGAGUGGAUGGACUUCCUGGAUCUGCUGGUCCUGUGGGUCCACCUGGACCAGCCGGAAGACAAGGACACCCUGGACCUCCUGGUCUGCCUGGUGAAAUUGGAUUUUCUGGUAAACCUGGAGAGCCUGGAAAGCCUGGUCUUCCUGGAAAAGACGGUCUGGAUGGUCUGCCUGGAACUGAUGGUGCAAUGGGAACCAGGGGAGAACGUGGAACAGAUGGUUUUCCUGGUAAACCUGGACCAAAGGGCGAUGAAGGGCCACCUGGUCCCAGAGGACCCCCAGGGGAGAGAGGAACAGCCGGACCCGCUGGACAAGCUGGUGCUGAUGGAGCUAGAGGAGACAGGGGGGUUCCGGGAGAGAGAGGAAUGGACGGACCACUCGGGCCAAAAGGAGAAAAGGGCGACAAGGGGGAGGUUGGUGACAGGGGUCUGCCUGGUGUCCCAGGAAACGUAGCGAACGUCAUCCCUGAGCCUGGUGAACCUGGAACACCUGGUCAAAAGGGAGAAAAGGGAGACCAAGGAAAACAAGGAGAAAUUGGCCAGAGAGGAUUGCCUGGUGAACAAGGAUUCAAAGGACCCGCUGGACCACCAGGUCUAAAAGGUGACACUGGAGCCACAGGGGAGCAGGGGCGUGUUGGAGACCCCGGUCCACCUGGCGUUCCUGGUCCUCAAGGUUCUCGUGGAUUACCGGGAAGCGUGGGCAUACCUGGGAUCAUCGGGCCUCCUGGUCCAGCUGGACAGAGAGGAGACAAGGGUGAAGUCGGUAAACCAGGUUCAACAGGUCCCAUGGGGCCACACGGAGAGCCUGGUUUGAUUGGACCCCCAGGGCCAACAGGGAAGGGCAAAGAUGGACAAAACGGUGAUCCUGGACCACAGGGUGUUCAAGGACCUCCAGGGCUCAAGGGUCAACCAGGACCAAGAGGUGAACCAGGAGUACCAGGCGAAAAGGGCUCAGCAGGAGAGGGAAAAAUGGGGCCACCGGGGUUACCAGGAAAAGGCGGUGAACCUGGACCAGCUGGCCUGAGGGGUCCACCUGGAGUCGCUGGUCCCCAGGGCCCGGCGGGACAUAAUGGUUUACCUGGAAGACCAGGAGAUAAGGGUUCCCCCGGAGAGCCUGGAAGGGCAGCAGACAUCUCUGAACUCGAUCUGAAAGGCGUUUGCUCAGACUGCCCAGCCGGUCCACCCGGACAACCCGGUCUCCCAGGCAUCCCCGGGGAUAAAGGACACCAAGGACCUCCAGGAAAAAGUGGCCAAGAUGGUUACCAGGGGCCUCCUGGGCCAGCUGGGCCCGCAGGUCCACCUGGAGCUGAUGGAGGAAAGGGCGUAAAGGGCGAUAGAGGACCUGCUGGAAGCGCUGGAGACAAAGGAGAAAAAGGUCAUCCCGGACCCCCUGGUCAUCCAGGUCCACCCGGAUUAAUGGGAACAGCGGGUAACGAUGGACUGCCCGGCCCCCCAGGUCCUCCAGGCUCCCCAGGAGAAAAGGGCAAAGAGGGUCUCAAAGGAAUCCAAGGACCACCGGGUCUUCCAGGAUUGAUAGGUCAACCUGGAAAAAUUGGAAAAGAUGGCAGACCGGGAGAAACUGGAGAGCCAGGCAAACAAGGUGAACCUGGACUACCUGGAAACCCUGGACUCAGGGGGCUCCCGGGGUUCAAAGGCCACAGAGGAGAACCAGGAGCUGCAGGACUUAAGGGAGAAGACGGAAAGCCUGGUGCAUUAGGACGCGAAGGAAAACCUGGAAAAGAGGGUCCCAGGGGAGCCCCAGGUGCAGAAGGACUUGCUGGGCCGAGGGGAGAGUCUGGCAAGCCAGGUGAACCGGGACCUUCGGGGAAAGCAGGUCUCCCAGGAAAUCCGGGUCUCAGGGGAGACAAGGGAGAGGGCGGCAACCCAGGUUUACCAGGUUUCAGUGGGCCUAAAGGACCAGCAGGACCACCAGGACCUGUCGGCCCUGAGGGAAAGCAGGGGAUGCCGGGCAGACUCGGGGAUCGUGGCAACAAAGGAGAUAAGGGUGACACAGGUAUAAAGGGAGAUAAAGGACACUCAGGAGAACCAGGUUUGCCUGGAAACCCAGGCCCCCCGGGCAGAAAGGGACACACAGGAAUGAUGGGAAUGUCGGGACCGCCGGGAGAAAUGGGCCCACCUGGGGCGCAAGGACCUUCAGGAAACCCCGGUAUCCCGGGCCCAAGGGGAGAGUCAGUAUCACUGGAGCAGAUGAGGCGUCUCAUCCAGGAGGAGCUGGGAAAGCAGUUGGAUGCCAAAUUGGCUUAUCUCAUGGCCCAGGUACAGCCAGCCCAUGUGAAGAAUACUGUCGGCCGUCCAGGACCUCCUGGUCCUUCAGGUAAAGACGGCAACCCAGGGCGGCCUGGCCCACCUGGAGAGCCUGGUAUGCCUGGGCAAAAUGGAGGCGAAGGACCCAGGGGACCAAUGGGUCCUAAAGGUGAAAAGGGAGGAAGAGGAGAGAAGGGAGAUGCUGGUAUUGGUGAGAGAGGAGAAACAGGUCCUGCCGGACCAAUAGGUCCCGCCGGCAUGCCUGGCUACGGCAAAGACGGAAGCCCGGGACAAGCAGGAGCACAGGGAGAACCUGGAAACCCCGGGCCCCACGGUCAACCCGGUCCACCUGGACCUCCUGGCCAAUGUGACCCCACCCAGUGUGCUUACUACGCCAGCUUAGCACAGAGACCCCACACCAAAAACGUCAAGGGAACCUAAAGCAGAAAAGGGGACACAAAGAACACAAACUCCAGCUGUUCUCAUGAACUUGGUCGUGUCCGCGUAAACCACAACAUUUCUUCCUUUUCACGAUAAUGUCACUACAGAGGGCUGAAGCAAUUUGUGCUGCCGGUCCGUUUUUUUUUUUUAUUUUUUUUUUUUACUUUUAUAGUGCUUAGAAUGAAAAAAGAAUUGAGUAUCAUGAUACUAAUAGAAAUUUCUUAUAGGUUUAAGAGGGCAGCUAAACGUUUUUGUUUCACCCGCAUGCUUCCUGCAAAGAACAACACAUUUCUCUCCUCUGCGAGGUACACUGUGUCCCUGAAAUACAUUUAAAUUCAAUUCAAGGGUGUAAUUGGAAUGUCGAAUAUUUUCAACAGUGCUUUUAUGACUCUUCCUUUACGUGAAUGCAGUCCUUGUUGUUUUUACAACCUCCUUAAUGAGCCUUUUCACAUUUAUACAUGAGUUAGCUGUUCUGGGUUUUUGGCUCUGGGUGAAAAGUAGCCAACAGCAACUUAAUGUGUAGAUGGAUUGAUUUAUAAUUAAAGGCUCCCUAUAAUAACCUCUAGAUGUCGCUUCAAAGAACUAUCAGGAAGUAAACAUUCUGGAUUCUGAUAUUGAAUCGAGACAUUUGCCAGUUAUGUGCCUUAUUGUUAUUGUGUCUAUUCAAUGGGUCUCAUCCUGUCCAGGUGUCACCCUUUGCAAUCAGCAGCAACAGAGCAACAUUCAAUCCCAAAUACUAAUAUUUAUUUUCGAUGAUUGUAUGUGCAGUGAUAAAUGACCCCAAUGUUAAACUUACUGCCUCUGAACUCUGGUAUCAGUGUUUUUGGAGCUGUAUUUUGACAGGUUUCCGCUCCUCAGGACUGAUUAGACAGAGCCUGAACAGCAGACGUUAGUUACAGUAUUCCUUGAAUAAAUGUAGCGUCACAUUAAAGUUUCCCUCUGGGGUGUGUGCGGCACCGACUCGAGCAGUAAACAGCUCUCAGGAGGAAAGUACGACAGCAGCCUUUGUUCACCUUUCUUGAAAAACUGCUUCUUUCACACUACUUUGUAUGAAUGUGUCACAUCCUUUUCGUUCACUCGGGCUUAUUAACUGCACACUGUGACAGGGCUCUGGUAACGCAGCCCUGCUCUGAAAACAUGGCUUUUUUUUUCCUAGUCAACUCCUAGAACCUACAAUUAGAGACUGGGCCUCCCUGCAUGCUGAAGAGAGCAGUGUGAAAGGCACUGAAUGAUGUUUAGUCUCACAUCCCUCGUGGACCAA